AUGACACCAAAACCCAAAUCCAACAAACCCUCCCUGACCAUCCCCCACCCACCACUCGGCACACCCGCUCUCCACGACCCCGACCUCAACUACUCCUACGAAAUCGCACGCGGAGAAAUGGGGGUCCUCUCCUUCGAACCCUACAAAUCUCUUAUCCUCCCCUACUGGGCAUUUCGCACCGUCCCAAUCGCGCAAAACUCCGCAGAAGUCCUCUGGGCCAUCUUUGAGAGUUAUGUUGAGCGCGAGGAUUUUGUAGGCGCAGACAUGACGAGGAAGUAUAUCCAGAUGGGGAUGACGAGGGCGAAGAGAUAUGCGAAUCAUAAGGGUGGGAAGAAGUAUGGACGGGAUGGGAAGCAGCUUGCGAAGUGGACGGAGGAGGAGGAGGAUGUGGAUGGGAAGAGGAGGGAGAAGGAGGAGGCGUCGGGGUUGUUUAAAGGGUAUUGGAGGCGGUGUACGUCGUGUGAGAGGUAUGUCGAGUUGAAGAAGAGGUGGCAGGAUGAGAAGAAGGAGUUUGUGAAGAGCGGGAGUAAGAGUGAGGGCUGA